CUUGUUUACGUUUUCUUGCCGCUGUAUUUCCCAAAACAUUCACUUUUACAAUUUCCAUUUUGACCACUUACCCAUUCCAAUGGCUAGACGUGCUGCAGGCUUGGUAAUAUUUCGGCGGGUUACUCAACAGAUUGAGUAUCUGUUAUUACGCGCAUCUUAUGGCGAUUUCCAUUGGAGUUCACCUAAGGGUCACGUCGAUCCAGGCGAAGACGACUUUACAACAGCUUUACGGGAGACUAAAGAAGAAGCCGGAUAUUCAGAGGAAGAUUUAAUAAUUUUUAAGAAUAAAUCUAAAGUACUGAACUACACAGUAAAAGGGAAGCCAAAAGUAGUUGUCUAUUGGCUAGCUCAAUUAAAAAAUCCCGCCCAAGAACCGAAAUUAUCCGAUGAGCACACUGAAAUGAUGUGGCUACCGAAAGAUGCCGCAAAAGAUAUUAUUGGUUAUAAAGAAAACCAGGAAAUGAUUGAAGAGUUUCACGAAUUCAUACUAGGGCUAUAAAAAUUUCCUCGAUUUGACUGUUGUAUGUAUUUUAUAGGCCUAAAGCAAAAGCAAAAUACAAUAGGUAACAGAAAUACCCUAUAAGCGAUAAGCACGAACCCUUCAAAA